UGACUCCACGGGCAGGCAAGGAGCAGCACUCAGCAGCAGCGAGGUGAAUGCGCCGGGUCAAGCAGUCCGGUGCAGGGAGAGUCGAUCACAAAAAUUCAAGCGUCUAAUUAAUACAAGGCGAGCUGAGGCGGCCCGGAGCGAUGGACGCGCGUAAGCUCACGGAGCUGCUGCGGGCGACGAUCGACCCCGCACAGCAGAAGGAGGCGGAGGGGCAGCUCACCCAGAUUCACAAAAUUAUUGGUUUUGCACCAACGCUCUUACAAGUAGUAAUGUCAAAUGAAGUUGAUAUGCCUGUCAGACAAGCUGGUGUAAUUUAUUUAAAAAAUUUAAUUACUUCAAAUUGGGCGGAUAAAGAAGCUGACAGCGGUCCCAUAGAAUUUAGUAUUCAUGAGCAGGAUCGUGCAAUGAUACGCGAUGCUAUAGUAGAUGCAGUGGUACAUGCCCCAGACUUAAUUAGAAUACAAUUAGCGAUAUGCAUCAGUAAUAUAGUUAAAUACGACUUUCCUGGAAGAUGGACACAAAUAGUGGACAAAAUUACGAUAUACCUGCAAAAUCCAGACGCUUCAUGUUGGCCUGGUGUUCUCCUUGCGCUGCAUCAGCUUGUUAAAAAUUUUGAGUACAAGAAAGCAGAAGAGAGGGGUCCAUUAAAUGAAGCAAUGAACUUGUUAUUCCCUAUGAUCUAUCAAUUGAUAUUACGCUUACUGCCAGAUGCAUCUGAGCAGUCUGUUUUACUCCAGAAACAGAUAUUGAAAAUUUUCUUUGCACUUACACAGUAUACACUUCCCCUUGACCUUAUUUCGAGAGAAGUGUUCUCACAAUGGAUGGAUGUGGUAAGACAAAUAGCUGAUAGACCAGUUCCGCCAGAAACUAAUAAUCCAGAUCUUGAUGAUGACGAACGUGCAGAACUGCCUUGGUGGAAAUGUAAAAAAUGGGCGUUACAUAUUUUACAUAGAAUGUUUGAGAGAUACGGUAGUCCAGGAAAUGUAACCAAAGAAUAUAAAGAAUUUGCCGAAUGGUAUUUGCAAACCUUUAGUGCCGGUAUUCUCGAAGUUCUUUUAAAGAUCUUGGAUCAAUAUCGUAGGAAAAUUUAUAUUUCUCCUAGAGUAAUACAGCAAUCAAUCAAUUAUAUUAAUCAAGGUGUGAGCCAUGCAUUUUCUUGGAAAUUUUUGAAGCCUCACAUGUUUGAAAUUAUACGCGACGUUUUAUUCCCCAUUCUCUCGUAUUCUGCUGCUGAUGAAGAACUGUGGAAUACCGAUCCAUACGAAUACAUCAGAGUAAAAUUUGAUAUUUUCGAAGAUUUUGUAUCGCCAGUGACAGCGGCACAAACUUUAUUGCAUUCAGCAUGUAGAAAACGAAAAGAUAUGUUACAAAAAACGAUGCAGUUUUGUGUGGAGGUAUUAACUAGUCCAAAUGCAGAUCCAAGACAAAAAGAUGGUGCAUUACACAUGAUUGGAAGUUUAGCCGAUGUUUUGUUGAAGAAGAAGGUUUACAAAGAACAAAUGGACAAAAUGUUAAUGCAAUAUGUAUUUCCCGAAUUCAGUAGUCCUCAUGGACAUAUGAGAGCGAGAGCUUGUUGGGUAAUGCAUUAUUUCUCGGAAAUUAAAUUUAAAUCAGAACAAAUUUUAGUCGAGGCAGUUAGAUUAAUUACAAACGCUCUCCUGACGGAUCAAGAUUUGCCUGUUAAAGUCGAGGCGGCCAUAGCACUUCAGAUGAUGCUUUCAGCACAACCAAAGGCUCAAAAGUACAUCGAACCAUUAAUUAAACAAAUAACGCUCGAGUUGCUGACCAUCAUAAGGCAAACUGAAAACGAUGAUCUGACGAGUGUUAUGCAAAAAAUCGUUUGUACAUAUACUGAGCAACUGGUCCCAAUUGCUGUGGAAGUUUGUCAGCAUUUGGCUGCUACAUUUAGCCAAGUACUUGAAACAGAUGAAGGUAGCGACGAGAAGGCAAUAACAGCAAUGGGUCUGUUGAACACGAUAGAAACUCUAUUAACAGUAAUGGAUGAACAGCCUCAAAUCAUGUUGCAACUUGAACCAAUUGUUCUUCAAGUAGUUGCUCAUAUCUUUGGACAUAGUGUGAUGGAAUUUUAUGAAGAAGCAUUGUCGUUAGUUUAUGAUCUAACGGGUAAAGGUGUGUCUGAGGAUAUGUGGAAAGUUCUAGAACUCAUAUAUCAACUGUUCCAAAAAGAUGGUUUUGACUAUUUUACUGAUAUGAUGCCUGCACUACAUAAUUACAUCACCGUCGAUACUCCGGCAUUUUUGUCGAACGAAAAUCACAUUCUUGCUAUGUUCAACAUGUGCAAAACUGUCUUAACUGGUGAGGGUGGUGAGGAUCCAGAGUGUCAUGCUGCCAAGUUAUUAGAAGUUAUAAUUUUGCAAUGCAAAGGACAUAUAGAUCAGUGUAUACCAUCGCUUGUGCAAUUAGUUCUCGAACGCCUAAUGCGCGAAGUUAAAACUUCGGAGUUGCGAACUAUGUGUCUUCAAGUAGUCAUUGCAGCUUUAUAUUAUAACCCCGCACUCUGUCUGGAAACGAUGGACAGAUUACAAGGAAACUUUGAUCAGUCCACGGAGCCACUCGCAUCACGUUUCAUCAAACAGUGGAUUAAUGACACUGAUUGUUUUUUGGGCUUGCACGAUCGUAAAUUAUGCGUUCUCGGACUAUGUACAUUAAUUAGCAUGGGCCCUGCGAGACCGCCUGCUGUUAAUGAAUGUGCAACGCAGAUUAUUCCAUCCUUAAUCUUACUCUUCGAGGGUUUGAAGAGAGCGUAUGCCGCUAAAGUCACGGAUACGGAUGAUGACGAGAACGAUGAUGAGGAGAGUGAUAUUGACGAAGUUUUAUCAUCGGAUGAGGACGAUAUAGACGAUGCUAAUCAAGAAUACCUCGAGAAAUUACAGGAUAAGAUAACACGAACGUCCGGUCAACAUGGCUUUACGAUCAACGCGACUAUACAAGACGGUCACGGUGAUCAUAAAUCAGAUGAUGAUGACGACGAUUCAGAAUACGACGGUAACGAAGAGACUGCUCUUGAAAGCUAUACUACACCCUUAGAUUCAGAUGAUUCCAAUCAGGAUGAAUAUGUUGUUUUCAAGGAAGUUAUACAAAAUAUCGAAAGAACCGAUGUGGCCUGGUACAGAGCCUUAACGAGUCUUCUUAGCCCCGAACAAGAGAAAGCUCUGCAAGAGAUUAUUCUUUUGGCAGAUCAGCGCAAAGCAGCUUUAGAGAGUAAAAGGAUUGAGCAGAGCGGAGGAUAUGUCUUUCACUCACAGACUGUGCCCACCUCGUUUAACUUCGGUGGAACACCUUUAAGUCGAUAAAGACUUGUAAUCAUUUUCAAUUUUAGAUUAACUAAGUAAGUAAACAAAUUAUACAGAAUCUGGAUUGGACAUUUGUAGCACAUGAUCAUUAUUACGACCUUUUCGGAAAUAUGCAUUUCCUAUUUUUAUGUAAACUAAUUGUACAUUACUAAGGCAAUUCAACAAAGUCUUGCUUUAAUAACGAAAAAUUUAUCUUCAUAAGAUUAUUAAUCUUGUGUAUACUGUUUUAUCAAGACAACAGAGAUUUGCUUCUUAGGAAUCAUGUGAAAAUGUAUAUUUUCUUUUACAUACUUAUUAUAAAUAAUAAUCCAAUUUUUGAUUUAAGUAAGAUUUCUGCAUCUAGCAAGCUAUAACACAUUUUCUUGACAGUUGAAAUUAUUUUGAAUUGUACUAUUGAGAUAUUUGACUUUCAGAGUAGUUUUGGUUAAGAAAAUUCUAGCAUAGCUUGCUAGAUAUUAUUCUCUUAUAAAAUGUAUAUUUAAUCUCGCUUUGCUUCAACUAAAAUUAUUUUAGCAAAAAAAUCACUUAAAUCUAAAAAUAUAUUAUACACACAUUAUGUUAAAUUAUUGGUAUAUCAAAAGAAAUAUAUGAAAAUUUUUUGAGUCUGUGUAUAAAUUAUGUUAUUUGACAUUAUUUACAAUUAGUUCAGUAAAACAUUAUGUUGUACGCUCUCCAGAUCUAUUUGCGAAUUGCUGUUCUGCUAAAAAAGAAAAAUGUAACUUAUUAAAACUACUAGACAUAAUUCUUACAAAAUAUGUGGAUUGAUUGCCUAUCGGAGAAUAUUUAGGUAAGAGUAAUUUAGAUUUUUAAAUAAACACUAUUUUUUUUCCAAGUUUGUUGAAAUGUAUAUUGUAUUAUAUAUGGCCAAACAUUUUUUUCUGCAGUUACCGAUCACUUUACAUAAAUCCCAGCACAGCUUGCUUUAUUUUGAAAAAGAUAAGUUCUGCCAUAUUUUAUGCUCUGUCCAAACUGUACCCUGAAAGAUGGAGCUACACCGAUUUAAUAAAGCACCUUCAAUAGCUUCCAUAAUUGUAACAAAGUCUUUAUAAUCUUAGGUCUUGUUGAUUAAUAUCCAUACUGUAUUAUAAAAGGCAUUAACAGAAAUAUGACAAAUCUAAGCAGAGCUCUUUCUUUCAUGAGGUAUUGUAUAAUUACGUAGGACGAACUCGCGGAGCAGAAAUAAACUAUAAAUAUCAGAGCCCAAAAUGAUAAAGGCGUACAAAGAAGAGGUGUUCUGUGCUGUGGUUAGUGAAAUGAUUACUGCACAAGAGAGUGCUUUUUAUAUCGAAAUGCAAAAUGACGUAUUGUCAAUUACGUGUCGCUUCAGAGUAUAAGUUAUGAUCUUAUAUUUAAGAGUCCAAAAGUUCGUACUAAAAUAUUAUUUGAUGAAACUUUAUCAACAUUUUGUUGAUAUGCUUUAUAUACUCGACUAAACUUUAUUCUGUUUAUCGAAUACGAGACUUAUCUAUUUUUCAUAUAAAGCUGCAAGAAAUUGCUGUGCAAUAAUUUUAAUAUCAUGUUUACAAAUUGAAAAUUUUCCUAAUAAAAAUUUCUGUAGACAGGGUGCUUGCAAAAAUACAGCGGCUAACAUAGAAGAGAAUAAAUAUGUAAUACGUUUUAUUAAUUAUUAAUUGAAUUAAAAAUCAAAGGGAAAUUAUUUAAAACUUAUAAAUCCAAUGUUUACAAACUUGAAAUUUGAACUUUGAUUUUUUACAAAGAAUUUGAUAUAGGUUAUUUCAUAAAAAUGACCAGAAAUAUAAAAAAGAAAAAGUUUCAUGACUUUUUAAUAUGCAUAGAGUAUAUUAAGAAGUCUGUAUACAUUUUUUAUUUGUUUAUAAUAAAUAUUAGUUUUAAAGUAUGAAUAAUGACAAAACGAUAUCAAUAACAUAAGUCAAGGAUAUAGCUAUGUAUGUGUGUUGCUCAAUAUAUUUUUAAAGUAUCUGUAUGUGUGUAUAUAUAUAUAUAUAUAUAUAUAUACACAAUGCGCACGUAUCUCUUUCAAAUUUCAGAAAGGCGAGGAUACUUUACAUAUAGCAAUGAUUUAAAUUGUUUCAAAUAUUAGAAAAAAGUAAUUAUAAUUAUUGCAUAAUACUCUUCAAAUUGGCAAAUGGAUACAUGAAAAUGAUGAAAAUGGAUGAAAUAAGAAAUAAUUUUUUAAAUAUAAUUAUACUUAAAUAGAAUGCGUAUUUCUUACAUUCGCCAAUUUUAUUUUGCAGUGCCCUGCUUUUAAAUUGGCCCGUUUGGAAUUAUGACUAUUUUAAUUUCUUGCAGUUUCUUUAUCAGAUAUGUACAACAACGAUUUUUAAUAUCGUAUCCACUUCAUAAACAGUACGACGCAAUCAAAUAGAGAUACCAUCGCUCUUUGCACUGUGAUCCGAACUCGCGACCCGUCAUUUGGUACAGUUAAAAUCUUUGCGUGUAACGAGAAAAAGUUGAUUGUGUGUCAAUUUUCGAACGAGAAUAUUUAAAAAAAGUGCCUUGAAACGUUAAGACGCGCAGACGGGACCUAAAUUAAAGAAUACAGCAGAAUAAGCUGUAGGUCGGAGUGAGGCCAGGACACUUCUCUAGUUCAUAAGUUCUAUAAGUACUGUAUUAAAAAAUAAUAAAUUUAUAACUGAUAGGGAGAAAAGACGAGAAAGCCUGUUCCUUUGCUCUUUAUAGGAUACGAGCCGUAACUUCUUUGUAACGAACAUUUACCAUACGCAUAUUCUCUCCGUAGUUUUUAUAUAAUGAAUAAAAUAACAAAAUUAUAAAUAAUCGCGCGCAUAGCGGCGACGAGUCUUACGAUAAAAAUCACAUAUACGCUUAAGCCUUGAUAUUGUAUAAACUGAUAAGAAAUAAGAUAACUAUACUGGUGCUUUAAUAUACGGAUGAAGUUUAUAGAAACUUCAUUAUUAAAC